GUUCUGUUUUCCCCUGCCCCACACGGUUUAUGCAGAAGAAACUUUACUUAUUCUUGAUUUCCCAGUGAGCACGGCAUUUGAUUCAGAAAUGGAAUCCAGAUUCCAGGAGGAUGACUUGAAGUCAACUAUUCCAAAAAGAAUUAUUAUCUUAGUUCCUUCCUAGACACUUCUGGUUUGACCCAGUGAGUCGAUCGGUAAAAGUCAUCCUUUUUUGCUUAGAGACCAUAGAAUUAUUAUUUUCACUAGCGUCAAAAGGGCACUAACAUGUCUGUUUUUCCAUUUUCAUCGAUAAAGAUUAGUAGAUUACAUAAGUUGUAAACCUAUUGUUUAAAAAAUUAAGUUGGUAAAGAAGCAAACAAUGGUAAAAGGAAACUUUGCAUCUUUUUAUAUAAACAGGACAUCAUUUUUUUAAGGGGCACCAAAAUUAUUAUUUUUACUUAUUAGUUAGUAUUAUACAAAUAUAUUUCUUUUUAACCUGAUCAAUCUUUUGGGACAAAAAAUACAAGAGUGAAUUGAUCAUUAAGAAAUAAGAAUCAUAAUUUUCUUUUGGGACGCUUACGUUAGUUUCCCAAUCCUACUAUGGCUUCCACCCUUGCUUUGUUAUCAAUACUGUUCUCCAUCUUCUUCAUGCUAUUUACAUUAAUAGAAGCCACACACAAUACAACUGAAAAAACUCAACCCAUUAUCAUUCCAUUGGGGUCUUUCCUCGCUCCUAAAGGUGAAAAUACUUCAUGGCAAUCAAGUUCUGGCCAUUUUGCUUUUGGGUUUUACCCCAAAGGUAAUGGUUUUGCUGUUGGAAUAUGGUUGGUUAAUCCAUCUGAAAACACAACCACUGUUGUGUGGACUGCUAACCGUGAUGCUCCAGCAGUCUCCUCUAAAUCUAUGUUGAAUUUGACAGAGCAAGGUCUGCUUCUUCAAAAUGGAAACAGAGAUUCAGCUAUGAAUAAAGACUUGAGAGAUGAUUCAGAGGAGAAUUUGGUCUCUAAGGCAUCUAUGCAUGAUUCUGGCAACUUUGUGCUUUAUGAUGAGAAUUCUACAGUUAUAUGGCAAAGCUUUGAUCACCCAACAGACACCAUAUUAGGAGGUCAGAGUUUGACUGCUGAUGAUUAUUUAAUCUCUAGUAUAUCCAAGUCAGACCAUUCAAGGGGAUGUUUCUAUCUCGGCAUGCAAAAUGAUGGAAACCUUGUCGCUUACCCCUUGUACAGCAGAUUCAGCGACCUGGAUGCUUACUGGGCUUCAAAUUCUUGGGAUCUGACAUACAUACCCAAACAACUAAGUCUUAGCAUUCAAGGCUUUCUUUGCCUAAAUAUGUCCGACGAAGAUGAUGGUGAUAGGCUAUGUCUCAACGAUAUCAAUAAGCAUAGUAAGAAGUUACACAACAACACAACUUCAAUCUACCGUGCAACGUUUGAUGUAGAUGGAAACUUGAGAUUGUAUGAGCACCAAUUUGACUUUGAGAGCAAGAAUAGCUCGCGUGUGGUAAUCUUGUGGCAAGCACUUAAUGACACUUGUCAAGUGAAGGGGUUUUGUGGGUUGAACAGUUAUUGCUCCUUCAAUAUGAGCGGUGAUGCUGUAUGCAAAUGUUAUCCUGGUUUCAUCCCUUCCAACACUAAAAGCGUGCCUAUAGACUGCGUACAGACGCAUAGCAAAGAUGACUGUGAAAGCAUUGAAGACCGAACGUUGUUGUAUAAUUUUACUCACUUUGAGAAUAUGCAUUGGGGGGAUGUUCCAUAUUCUGUUAUACCCGUGUUGAUUGAUAUGGAUACUUGUGAGAAGGCUUGCCGACAAGAUUGUGUUUGUGGGGGAGCAAUAUAUACCAACGGCAGCUGCAAUAAAUAUAGGCUUCCACUUAUACACGGCAAGUUUCAAAAUGAUUCUUCUUCCACUGUGUCUGUGGCCUUAAUAAAGAUUCCUUCAAAUAUUCCCAUUAUUAUUUCACCUCCAACCUCAAAUAACACCAACGUGCCUAAGCCUAAGGUUGUUAUUGAUAACAAGAAAAACCUAAUAAUGAUCCUAUCUCUUACUUUGGGUGUCGUUUCAUUGAUUUGUUUCAUCACUGCGGUGUCCAUUUUCUUCACUUACAGACGUCAAGUAAAUAGGUAUGCAAUGUUGUCAGAAAGUGAAAAACUGGGAUUUACAGAAGAAUGCUCCUUGACCUCAUUUUCUUUUGACGAACUUUCAGAAUCAACCGGGGGCUUUUCAGAUGAGAUAGGGAGAGGAUCAUUUGGUGUUGUUUAUAAAGGUACAAUGGGCGACAAUAACAGAAUCAUUGCUGUGAAAAGACUGGAGGAGAGAAUUGUUGAUGCAGGGGAUAGGGAAUUCCGAACGGAAGUUACUUCCAUUGCUCGAACUCAUCAUAGGAAUUUGGUUAAGCUUAUUGGUUUUUGUAUAGAAGGUUCAAAGAAGCUUCUUGUUUAUGAAUUUGUCAGCAAAGGGUCUCUUGCAAAUAUCCUCUUUGAAGGGGAAGUGAGACUAUCUUGGAAAGAUAGAAUGAAACUUGCAUUGGACGUGGCUAAAGGAAUAUUAUAUCUACACGAAGAGUGUGAAGUCCAAAUUAUCCAUUGUAAUAUAAAUCCUCAAAAUAUACUUAUGGAUGAAGCAUGGAAUGCAAAAAUAUCUGAUUUUGGAUUGGCAAGACUUUCAAAGAGGGGUCAUUCAAGAACUAAAAUAGAGGAUGAUGGCACAGUCAAGUAUUUGGCACCUGAACGGCAGAAGGAGGAUGCAUCAGUAUCGGUAAAAGCUGACAUUUACAGUUUUGGUGUGGUAUUAUUGGAAAUUAUUUGCCGCAGAAGAAGUAUAGAGAUGAAUAAUAUUCACUCGCCCGGUGAAAUUCUUCUUUCCAGUUGGGCAUAUCAAUGUUUUGAAGCAGGGCAGUUAAACAAGCUUAUCAGACAUGAUGAGAAAGAUGUGGAUUGGAAGAUAUUGGAAAGAAUGGUGAAAGUCGGGUUGUGGUGUGUGCAAGACCGACAACAUCUCCGUCCUACAAUGAAGAAUGUAAUUUUAAUGUUGGAAGGUUUGGAAGAUAUUCCAGUUCCUCCCUCACCAGCUCGCUUGCUUGAAUAGUCUUGUAGGGACAUUAUAUAUAUGUGUUGCUUUUGUGAUUUUCUUGUAUAUUUGUGCUUCUGCAGUUUAAUUUUAUCUUCAAUUUAUCA